AUGGAAGUGAGAUCUGAUCUAGGAAUCAUGGCGGGCAGGGAACAGUACAGUGUGGGCCUGCAGAAGAGCCCUCUGCAGCCGCAGACUAUGCAGCUAUCCUUCAACCCCGAUGGCGCCCCUAUCUAUAAGCCGGUGACCAGCGGCUCUACUGUCUACCAGGCUGCCGGCGUUGGCGCUGGAGGAGUUGGGGACAUCGGAGAGGACGCUGCGCAGGCGGUGGCUCCCUACAGGUUGAACAUGAACGUUGGGGAGCCCAUCAAGAGGAAGCGUGGACGGCCGAGGAAGUACGGUCCUGAAGGGUCCAUGGCCCUCGAGCUGGGCUCUCUUUCCUCUCCAAUGGGUGCCUCUGGAUCAUCUGGUUUUCCUUCAACCGCCGCUGGGAGCUCUUCAAAUCCUGCGUCUUCUCCGUCAUCGGCAUCAGCAUCUGUCACGAAGAAGGCGAGGGGCCGCCCACCGGGUUCUGGGAAGAAGCAGCAGUUGGCUGCUCUGGGUAUUCUCGAAUCUCAGUUCCCCUUAUUCCCCUGCAACUGUGUUUUUUUGGAUCCGUCGACUCCGGUAGACUAAUACUUUUCAAAAGGUGGAGGAGAGGGCUUUGGGUAAUCAUGCUGGUCGCCUCGAUUUCGGUCGUUGAGCUGCCAGCAUGGGAUUCAGCCUCCUGAAAUUACCCUUGUGCCCUCGCUCCUUCUCCUCCAGCCUUUGACUUUUCUCUGGUACUCAGACCUGGGUGUGAUUCAAAUCGAUUAAAAUCCUUUUUUAUUCACUGAUAUUAUUUAACGAUAUAAAUCUGGCGUUGUGAAAGAGUUCCUCUGUUCUCGGAGAUGUUAGUGGUGGUGAUCUAGCUCCACAUCCCAUUUCUGAAAAUGGAGUUAACUAAAUGUAGAUCUAGAUUGAGGUGAUGUUGGAUAUGCACGCAUGCUUGCCUUAUACGCAUUACUCUUUUUUUUUUUUUUUUUUGGUGGUUUCUUAGUCAAGCGUUCCCAUUUGGUUGUAAAAAACCAUGGAGUCAGUCGUAGCCUGUUUCAAUAUUACCCACGUUGGAAUAAUGUUUUUAUUCGUGCUCAUACUUGGAAUAAUGUUUAUACCCUUUGGUAUUUUUUUCCUUCUAAAUUUCAAUACUUCUGGGCAGGAUCUGCUGGUAUCGGAUUUACUCCUCAUGUUAUCACGGUUAAAGCUGGAGAGGUAUCAUUCUAUCGCUUCUCUGUUGGUGUGAUGUGUAAAUUUGCCUCUGCAUCUUGCUGAUAUUGUUCAUCGAUGUUCAUAUGGCUGUGGUAAUUGUGAGAUAAUGCUUGAUUCGCCGUUCUCUUGGUAGAAGUUCUGACCAUUUUCAUGGUUUCUAAUUUUCAUUUUUUUUUAAAUAUUUUAAUAUAUUUCAAUUUACUAUGUGGCUUUAUAAAUUCCAGGAAUGCCUGGCUGGAAGUGCCAGGUGGCAUCUUCUUCUUCUUCUUCUUGUCUCAUGGCUGCUUGGAUUUAUUUCCCUUUUUUCUUUUUUAAAUGAAUUACUCACUCAGUUACGUUAAAUGCUACUGACCCAAAAAGGAAGAUAUAUCAGCCCAUAAAUGGAUGGUUGCAGCAGAAACCUGGUGAGGGGAAAAGCCACCAGUUGUGCCAGAAACAGAAAUAUUUCCACAGCAAUCAUCUCCUUCUCUCUUUGUCCUACCUCGGAUUUAAGUAUAUCCCAUCCGCUCAGCUACGCCACCAAAAAGCCUUUUAAGUUGCUCCAUGCAGGAAGAUGAACACCCAUGAUCGCUGUAUCUCCUCCAAGAUUUGCUUCGAGUUCAAGUUCCUAUCAUUUGGGUUCCUGAAAUCAAUGGAGUGCAAUGCCGUUUACUCUCUCUCUCUCUUCCACUGGCGACUAGGGAUGGGAAUAAGUUAUACAUAAUCUGAUGCGUAUCUAAUUUCUGCAUUUUAUUUGGACGAAUCGUAACCCCUUGGGCCUUAACCCGUGGGAAGUGGCUGGCCUUCAGAUCGCCAUCAUCUUGUCAAAUAAGGCUGAUUUUACGUAUUUUGUGUAUGUUAAUCCGCUCUUGUAAUGCUCUCUUGGGAGACUUGAAGCCCCUUUAGCUCAUGAAGGCUCUUUAUUUAAUUAUUUUGUGAAGGCUCUUUAUUUAUUUUAUUAUUUUAUGUUCUUGAGCUCUGUUUCUUUGGCCUGGUUUUUUGUUUCUUGAAAGCCCAUCGGGUCAUUUUACAGGAUGUGUCUUCAAAGAUCAUGUCCUUCUCCCAGCACGGCCCCCGUGCAGUCUGCAUUCUGUCGGCAACUGGAGCGAUAUCUAACGUCACCCUCCGGCAGGCAGCGACAUCUGGCGGAACUGUGACUUAUGAGGUUUUACUAAUUCUGUCAUUUUCGCUCACUCUCUCUCUCUCUCUCUUGCUGGAUUUAAAUAAAAACUCUUGAAUUCACAAUAUCCUACAUUUAUUUUACUGUUCUUUUGUUAUGAUUUAUUAAUUUAUUCUGUGGGUGCAAACAGUAUCCUGUAGAAAAAGAUAUAUAUAUUUUGUUUAUUCUCCAGAUUUUAUAAAUCUUCUUGGAUUCAUGAUAUCCCACUUUCUCUCAUCCUUUGUCAUCAUUUAUGAUUUUAAUUUUAGGAAAAAAAUAAUUUUAUUAAUUUCAAUUUGUUUCGCAGUUUUAUUCUGUGAACCCAUCUUAAAUCAUAUAUUCUCUCUCUGCAGGGCCGCUUUGAGAUCUUGUCGCUCUCUGGUUCGUUCCUCCUCUCAGAGAGCGGCGGCCAGCGCGGGCGAACAGGCGGCCUCAGCGUCUCCUUGGCGGGGCCCGACGGCCGGCUCUUGGGGGGUGGAGUCGCCGGGCUUCUCACUGCAGCUUCCCCUGUGCAGGUUCCUCUCAAGCCCCAUCUUAAUCUAAUGAUGGAGAAAGAAUUCGUCUCUAUUGGAUAAAUAAUUCCCCUCACUGCAGCUUCCCCUGUGCUGUGGCUCUCUCUCUCUCUCUCUCUCGCUAGAUGUUCUUCAGUGUGCUGAAUGAGGAGCCCAUUGUGCAGGUGGUUGUUGGCAGUUUCAUUAUUGACGGGCGAAGGGAGCCCCAGCAGGUGAAGCCCCAAGAGCCCACACCCUCUCUAGCUGAGAUGGCCCCCAGGCCGGUGGCUGGUGGCGGCGGCAGCGCAGCGGGUGAGCCGUUGCAUACGGUGGCGGGCAUGGCGGAUCAUGGCGGCGACCAGCAGGGAUUGCCUAGCGUGCAGUGGACGUGA